GCGGGGGGAAAAGAUGGCGGAGCUGAUGCUCCUCAGCGAGAUCGCGGACCCGACGCGUUUCUUCACCGACAACCUGCUGAGCCCGGAGGACUGGGGUGUGCGAAACAGCCCCUUGUACCCUGGCCUGGAUGAAGUGGCUGAGGAGCAGAUGCAGCUCUUUCGUUGCGUGGAGCAGGAUGUCCCGUUUGACAGCAGCUCUGUGGAUGUGGGGAUGGAUACCAGUCCUCCUGAACCCCCGUGGGACCCUCUGCCUAUCUUCCCAGAUCUUCAGGUGAAGUCUGAGCCAUCCUCCCCCUGUUCUUCCUCCUCCCUCAGCUCUGAAUCAUCACAUCUCUCCACAGAACCCUGCAGACAAGCACCUGGAGUUGGGGAGGUGCUGCGUGUGAAGACAGAAUCCUUAGCACCCCCACUCUGUCUCCUGGGAGAUGAUCCAACAUCCCCUUUUGAAACCGUGCAGAUCACAGUGGGUCCCACCUCUGAUGACCCUUCAGAUAUUCAGACCAAGGUAGAGCCUGUCUCUCCAUCUUCCUCUGUCAACUCUGAGGCCUCCUUGCUAUCAGCAGAUUCUCCCAGCCAGGCUUUUACAGGAGAGGAGGUUCUGGAAGUGAAGACAGAGUCCCCAUCCCCUCCAGGGUGCCUCCUAUGGGAUGUCUCAGCCCCCUCACGUGGAGCUGUCCAGAUCAGCAUGGUUCCAUCCCCUGAUAGUUCCUCAGGCAAAGCCCCACUCAUCCGGAAGCCACCACUGCAGCCCAAACCUGUGGUGCUAACCACUGUCCAGAUGCCAUCCAGAGCUGUGCCUCCAAGCACCACCGUUCUUCUACAGCCCCUCGUCCAGCAGCCCACAGGGCCCCCAGUUGUCCUCAUCCAAGGUGCUAUUCGAGUCCAACCUGAAGGGCCAUCCCCUGCUGUUCCACGACCUGAGAGGAAGAGCAUUGUUCCAGCCCCUAUGCCUGGGAACUCCUGCCCACCUGAAGUGGAUGCAAAGCUGCUGAAGCGGCAGCAGCGAAUGAUCAAGAACAGAGAGUCUGCAUGCCAGUCCCGGAGGAAGAAGAAAGAGUAUCUGCAGGGACUGGAGGCCAGACUGCAGGCAGUGCUGGCUGACAACCAACAGCUGCGCAGGGAGAAUGCUGCCCUCCGGCGGCGACUGGAGGCACUGCUAGCUGAGAACAGCGAGCUCAAGUUAGGGUCUGGAAACAGGAAAGUGGUCUGCAUCAUGGUCUUCCUUCUCUUCAUUGCCUUCAACUUUGGACCUGUUAGCAUCAGUGAGCCUCCUCCAGCUCCUGUCUCUCCUCGGAUGAGCAGGGAGGAGCCUCGACCCCAGAGACAUUUGCUGGAAUUCUCAGAGCAAGAUCCAGUUCAUGGAGUUGAACCCUUCCAGGGGUCCUUUCAGGCCCCUGAGGAGCCUCAGCCAAGCCCCACAGGUCAUCCCAGUUUCAGGAACCUGACAGCCUUCGCUGGGGGUGCCAAAGAGUUACUACUGAGAGACCUAGACCAGCUUUUCCUCUCCUCUGACUGCCGGCACUUCAACCGAACUGAGUCCCUGAGGCUCGCCGAUGAGUUGAGUGGCUGGGUCCAGCGUCACCAGAGAGGCCGACGGAAAAUGCCUCAGAGGGCCCAGGAGAGACAGCCUCUCCAAAUCCUUAGAUCCUUCUCCUUCCAGAAGUCUCAGCUACGGAAGAGGUUGCCUCCAGUUAAGUCAGUCCCCACCCAACCCCUGGGACCUCCAGAAAGGGAUGCUGUGGGCCAACUACAGUUAUAUCGCCACCCAGACCGUUCACAGCCAGAGUUCUUGGAUGCAAUUGACCGUCGGGAAGACACAUUUUAUGUUGUCUCCUUCCAAAGGCCUGGCCUCUCUGCUCCCCAGGACCACUUGCUGCUCCCAGCCAUCAGCCACAACAAGACCUCCAGACCCAAGAUGUCCCUGGUGAUGCCUGCCAUGGCUCCUAAUGAGACCCUAUCAGGCCGGGGGGCCCCAGGGGACUAUGAGGAGAUGAUGCAGAUCGAGUGUGAGGUCAUGGACACCAGGGUGAUUCACAUCAAGACCUCCACGGUGCCCCCCUCGCUCCGAAAACAGCGGUCCCCAACCCCGGGCAAUGCCACAGGUGGCCCCUUGCCAGCUUCUGCAGCCAGCCCAGCCCAUCAGGCCUCCCACCAACCCCUCUACCUCAAUCAUCCCUGACCUCUGCAGUUCACACUGACUUAGAACUGGGGGUGGGGGACACAAAACAACCAAAUGGGACAGUUUCAAAUUUCCCUGAUCCCUGGACUUGGGGCAGUUGGUAAAGACAGAGUGUGGGGUUAAGCACUUUUUAGAAUAUAGGGCUCCUCUCAUUUCUAUGAACCCCCAGUCCUGGUUCUUUCUCUGAGGGCAUUGAGUGAGGUUUGGUUUUGGGGUGGGUGGGCUCCCGAAUACUCUUUAUACUUUUGUUUCUCUCUUUGGGAGUAGAGAUGGGAAUUUAGUCCCCAGGUGGGACAAGGGAAGUUUUUACAUUUUGGAGUUGGUUACUCAAGUAAAGGAGGGGUGGUGGAGGGAGAUCAGUUUAUGUGUGUACGUAUCUUUUUUAUUAUUAAAUAAACAACUUGGAGGGCAUUAAAGGAUUGGUGGCUGCCUUUCUGGCUUAUGACUUCUAGAGGGCCAGCAUCAAAGAACCAAGCACAGAAGAUAUUGCUGGCAAUGGGGUGGGGUAGGUGUGGGGUCACAGACCUCAUGUCAUCCACUUGCCCUACUCCUGCAACUAUUGGGUAUGUCUGUGUCUGUGGAGUGAUACCAGAGGAUUUUACUGGAAUGUGUCUGAGUAAACAGGAAGGAUGGGCCCCACGCCCUUCAGGGUGCAUAGCAGCUCAUUCCCUGCUCUCCAGCAGGUUUCCCCCCCCCCUUGCUUUCCAGGAUGAGCAGCUCACACAAACAACAGGAGCUAGGGCCAGAAGGCGCUCAGCCCAGGAAGGAGGGACCAUGGUGGAGAAGGUUGUGGUAUUUAGGAGGGAAGGGACAUCUUGCAGGACAUCCUCUUAGGGACUGAGACCUGAGGGUUCAGAUGAAAGAAAAAGACAAGAGUGGGUCAGGAAGAAAAUGCUGUGUGUUCUAAUUUGGAGGAAGGGGAACAGGAAAAGUGAGGGGUUUAGUCUGCCCAACCAGGAGGGAUCUCUUAUCGAGCAGCGCAUCAGGCCUGACCCUGCAGGAGUGUCCUGGGUCAGCUGGAGGGUGUAAGCUGGGCCUGGGCUCCAUGCCCAGAUGACUGGACAGGGGCUGCCUGGGCCAUAAGCCCAGGCCUGAAGGAGGAAGAACCUCACAUGUCCAGCCAGGCUCUCCCUCCACACCCCCACCCAUACUGUGUUUGGGGUGAAAACAGACUGGGUAGCUAUGACAACCUGGAACUGGGGCUCCCAGGAACUGGGCUCUCCUCCCUCCAGGGGACAGCCCUGGACCUCAGCCACUUCCUGUCUCAGGUCUCCCUGAACCUUAUCCAGCCCUAUACCAGCGGUAAGUGCCAUGAGAACCAGGAUUUUGGAAGCAGAUCACCUGUUGAGCCUUUGUUAGCUGAUGUCCUUAAACACUCUGGGCCUCUGUGUCCUCAUCUGUAAGAUGCGAUACUCCUACGAAGUUUUCGGUGGUGUAAGGAUGAAAGGUGAUGUUUACAGUGGUUGGUCUGUAGUAGACACUACUUUCCUCAGCCUCUGCUCUGUUCCUCAUUUACAUUGUCUUCCUCUUUUCCCCUUUUAUGCCAUCUAGUUCCAUCACUGUUUUCCUACCCUAUUGUUUUCUCCUUCCUGAUCCCAGUUUGGGAAAGUGAUCAAAGAGCUGGCAUCUCACACUGGGGACUUGAGUGGGACAUGUACUUUUUUCUAAGUGACCAGGGACAGUGGGCACUUUAGUAUGAGCCAGACUUCAGACUGGUCUUAGCUGAGGGAGUGGAGUUUUAGGGAGGACUGAGGAAGCCAUUGAGAUUGGGCAUGUGGGGUGGCAGGGUUGGAAUGGGGAGGUGAAGGCAGGCCCUGGGCUGCUGCCCUUCAGGCCCUUCACGCCCUUCAGGCCCAUUUCCAUUCCUCUGCCUGUACCCUACCCAAGGCCAGCUCAGUAUGCCAGGCUGUUGCCACACCUACAUCUCACUCCUCCUCUUGUGAACCCUCUGUCCCUCUGUUCUGCUUUCCUUGGGCCACCACCUCUUCCUUCCUCAGGAUCCCCACCUUUUGUUCUCUGUCAUCCCUGAACUUAAUGUCCCUCCCUUCAUAUAGACUUCUUGCCUUCCUGUCUGUCCUCCACCAGGAGUUUUCACCAUCCCUUUUGACCCUUUAUUCCUGAUGCAUUUUUUUUCUUUCAUUUUAUUUUUACUUUUUACUCCCUCUACUUUCUUUUAUUUUUCCCUGGGCUUCUCAGGCUCCUGCUGUUGA